AUGGCAGCUCAGGUUGCCCUUAAACGGAAACAGGCUGCUGAAGAUGCAUUAGCCUUAGGACUUCGGGUUGUUGCUGGCGAAUGUACAUCAUUGGAUUUACCGCAAGGACCAUUGUGGCCAUUUGAAAGUGUUUCGCAAAAUCAGGUUUCAGAAACUGAAAGUUCAUCACCGAUACCAGAAUCAACAACCAGCGAUGACAAACAGUCAACAGCAACAACGACAACAACAGCUUACCAAGAUAAGCAAAAACAACAUUUGGAAAAGUUGACACCAAUUGAACUGUUAUGCCUACUGUUUGAGGAUCAGGAAAAAAGGGUGUUGGAAUUAGCAUUAGAAGGUUUCAACGGUCAGCUGUUACAAGCCAUCGAACAUUUUGUAUGCGUCCGGCAGUUAUCAAGAAGCCGAAAGACGGAAUCACGUUCUAAUUUUUCGAUGUCAAGUCUUCUGUCACAAAGUACAACUACUGCACCGUUUAUACCAAAUUCACUGUCGUCGACAACCAACAGUUUUAUGUCACCGAAAUCUUCGGCGUUGGAUUUACGUCAAAAUAGUAUUUCAGAAACUGAUACCCAACAGUCACUGUCGCCAGCAAAUUCGUCUACCGACUAG